AUAUAUAUGUCAUUGUGGGCCACUGUGUAUCUGGAGAUGUGGAAGAGGUAUUCCGCGCGCAUUACCUAUCGCUGGGAUUUGUCUAAUUUCGAUGCCGUCGAGGAAUAUCCCAGACCUGAGUAUUUGGCCCGGCUAUCAAACGUGAGCACAAAAAAGCUGAACGUAAUCACCCGUAUGUACGAGCCGUACAUCCCAUUCUGGCGCCGGCAGCUGCCGUACACCAUACUGUCCGUAUCC